AUGAAGGAGCUUGGUGUGCUGUUGAACCAAUAUAAAGAACAAGCCGAAGUCGUCAAAGCGGAAGCAGAGAAAACGGCUGAGAUGCGCAAGCGACGGGAAGAAGUAUUAGCGAAGAAACGCGCACUACUUCGCCAACUACACGAAUACGAAGAGGAGGAGCGCAGGGCUAGUCUUGUGAAGAGGGCGGGGAUGGUGGAUAGGGAGGGCGGGUUGGCGGAGGGGUUUGAGCUUGAUGAUGUACUGGAUGAUGCUAUGAAGAAGGUUAAGAAGAUGCCGAUGCAUCCGCCGAGGGAAGAGAGGGAGUAUAAAGAGAGGGAGAUUAAAGAUGUGGAUGUGCCGAGGGUGAAGAGGGUUCUGCGACCAGCGGGGACGGGGGCUGUGUCGGUGUUGCAGAGGGGUGGGGAUGAGAUUAUGGAUCAAGAAAGAGUGGGUGUGGCGUCUGUGGAGGGUGUUGUGGAUGGGGAACGAUCUGGUGCGAGCGACUUUCUCCGGUCUGAAAUGCCUCAGAAACAGACAUCGGCCACGCAAAAACCAGUCGAUACGGCCGCAGCCGAGCAUGCCACCACUCCCAUCGCCAACGUAGGAGAUCCCUUCCCUCCCGCCUCCGUCCAACAAAAGCCAUCAACCAAGGCCAGCAAACCCAUCAAAAAGGAUACCCCCCGCUCCCCAUCAUCCCCACCGACCUCAAAAGAUGACCUACGUCUCCACAUCCCUCCCUCAGGCAUUGUCCCCAUCGACGCCGACCUAAUCCUUUCCUUAGAUUCCCCAGUCCCCGCCCUCCAAUCCCAAGUCCUCGCCCUCCGCAACCGCCUAAAAUCCUCCUACCCACGCAUCGACAACCUGCCCUACGACGUCUGGACCUCGUCCAACAAACGCACUUUGCAAACCUGGCUUAAAAUCCUCAUCAGUCGCUGGAACGCGCGCUUCGAUGAUGUGGAUCAUACGGGCCAGGUUGAUAAGGGGAUUGUGGAUGAGAGGGUCAAGGAGGUGCUGGAUAGUAUGGUUAGGGAACAUGAUUUGGGGAAUGAGGCUGCGGAACGCAUGGCGAUGAGGUGGCAUGAGGUUUUUGGGGGGAGGGGCGGGAUGUGGGGGGAUAGCGAGGGAGUGUUGGAUUGGGAGGAGAUGGAGGCGGGGGGGUUGGGGUUUUUGGGUUUGGAGACUGAAGAGAUGGACGGUGGGGUUGAAGUGUUGAGUCAGGCUGGUGAAGAGGUGGCUGUGGAACAGAAGAAUAUUGAGCCUUCGCCUGUGAGGACGGCGGGAAGUGGCGUAACGACCAACGGGGUCAUGGGUCGCAGGAUGUAUUCGACGUCGACGAGACGGGGGUUUUGGUCUUGGUCCAAGAUCCUUGGGACGGAGGGGAAAGACGAAAAGAACGAGAAGAAAAAGGAUUUGAAGCAGCGUUAUAGGACAGACGCCAUACCCGAAGCCACGACCCAGCCCAAGCCCGCUGCUCCACCAAACGCCAAACCAGUCGUGAAAACCGAUGCGAAAACGCACGAAAAGACCAACACCCAAUCCAUCGCCAAACCAGACGUCAAGCCCGACCCAAAGCGCCAACCCAAGCGCCCCGCAGAGCCCGUCCCACCAAAGCCCGACGCCAAAUCCGACGCAAAAGCAGACACAAAAGAUGACGCCAAACCCGACCCUCCCAAAAACAUAGAGUACUUACCUCGGAUGCAUCGGCCUUUCGGUCAGGGCGUAAGUCGUACCGUCUUGCGGAAAAAGAGGAGGCAAGCUAAGAAGAUAGAGGAUGAGGGACGAAUGACUGGGGCACUGAAGCGAGGACGAGAGGGUGGGGAGGAACAGAUGAACAUCCAAGAGCAAGGGAUAGAAGAUGGAGAACGACAGCUUGGCGCACAUGAACGUGCAGAAACCAUAUCACUGCAACGCCGGGUGGACAAAAUUGACAAGGCUGAGGAAAGCCUGUCUAAAGCCGUGCCACGGCAUCAUCAAAUCGUGGAUGGACAAGACGCAGACACCGAAAAACCCGCGUUUGCACGCGUCAAGAGAUCCCUACAGUCCCUCUCUGAACCCAGACGCUCGAGACACAUCGAACUCGCGAGAACUGAGCGAGCUGAACUCCCUGGGCUGCCCAAACAGCCCGGACCGCCUAAAUGGACUGCGAAGCCUUCUUCUCUGCAGGACUUUUUGGAUAGCAUGAAUGAGGUCGCUGCGCAUUCGCCUUUUGAGGCGGAACCGAGACAACAGCAACAGCAACAGCAACAGCAGGCAAAUCCUUUGUCGGUUCUGGAGGGACGGAAGGAUCUACCACCUCAACAACAACCAUCAUCAUCUCAACAGUCCUCUCCACAACCCCAACCUUCCCACUCCCAGCCUUCCCCCUCUCCCUCUCCCUCCCAACCACCACCAUCCCUCCCCCACCUCACCCCCUCCGGCUCCGCACACAUGGUCUCCGUAUCCGCCAAGGAACACACCACCCGCACCGCCAUCGCCGUCGGAACCGUGUAUUUCACCAACGCCGUGCCCCUCCGCCUCAUCCGCUCAAACGCCAUCAAGAAAGGAGACAUCUAA